AUGGUCUGUAUUCCUUGUAUAUUUCUACCAAUUCUGCUCGCUAUCUAUCUUAAAUUCAUCCAACCAUUCGUUUUCAGAUUNCUGCCAGAACGAUGGGUGACAUUUGUGGAUUCUAUUCUUUAUCCAACUUGUCCAGCUAGACCUCCCCCCACAGCAGAAAACCAAUCGGAUGUGAAAGGAAAAGAAGACUGUGGUUGUGAUAAUCGCGAAGCAGUCGAAGCUUCUGGAGAAAGCAAAAAGGAACUGUGA